AAUCCCUAACAUAAUCAAUCCCCUCUUCCACAUUCCAUCACUCUAGUCUAAUGGGAUAAGGUUACAAAACACAUACCAACUUCUUCUUGCUUGAUUACACUUUCAUUCAUAGUUCACACUCCACUCUCCUUCUCCUUCUUCAAUGGCCACAUCUCUUUCUUCUUCCAUCCACAUCUCAUUCCUUGACACCAAAACAACACGAACAAGGUUCAAAUUCCCUCCUACUACUACUACCCUAAAAUCUCACAGAAGGUUUCUCAUCUCUUCUUCCAAAUCCAUUCCAGAUUCUGAAACCACCCCACCAAACAACAACAACAACAAAAAAAACUCAUCUUUAUCCGACCAACUUGCUUCUCUUGCAAAUACAACGUUAUCCACUGUCCCAGAAAACCAACCAAAAGUUUUGUCAAAGCCAAAACCCACAUGGGUCAAUCCCACUAAGACUAAGCGUCCUGUUUUGUCUCACCAGAGACAUAAACGUUCUUCUGUUUCGUAUAAUCCACAGUUAAGAGAGUUUCAACGGUUUGCUCAGAGAUUGAACAACUGUGAUGUCUCUUCUUCUGAUGAAGAAUUUAUGGUUUGUUUGGAAGAAAUUCCGAGUUCGCUUACGAGGGGAAAUGCUCUAUUGGUGCUCAAUAGUUUGAGGCCAUGGCAGAAGACACAUAUGUUUUUCAAUUGGAUUAAGACCCAGAAUUUGCUUCCUAUGGAAACUAUAUUCUAUAAUGUUACAAUGAAGUCUUUGAGGUUUGGGAGACAGUUUGGGAUUAUAGAAGAGCUUGCACACCAGAUGAUUGAUGGUGGGGUUGAAUUGGAUAACAUUACAUAUUCUACAAUCAUAUCUUGUGCUAAGAAAUGUAAUCUUUUUGAUAAAGCUGUGUAUUGGUUUGAGAGGAUGUACAAGACUGGAUUGAUGCCGGAUGAGGUAACUUUCUCAGCUAUUUUAGAUGUUUAUGCUAGGUUAGGUAAGGUUGAAGAAGUUGUCAAUUUGUUUGAGAGAGGGAGAGCAACCGGGUGGAAGCCUGAUCCAAUCACGUUUUCCGUGUUGGGGAAGAUGUUUGGGGAGGCUGGGGAUUAUGAUGGGAUUAGAUAUGUUUUGCAGGAGAUGAAAUCUUUAGGGGUGCAACCUAAUUUAGUUGUGUAUAAUACCUUGUUGGAAGCAAUGGGAAAGGCGGGGAAGCCGGGGUUUGCGAGGAGUUUGUUUGAGGAAAUGAUUGACUCAGGGAUUGCCCCAAAUGAGAAGACUCUAACGGCGGUUAUUAAGAUAUAUGGAAAGGCAAGGUGGUCUAAAGAUGCUUUGGAAUUGUGGAAAAGGAUGAAGGAGAAUGGUUGGCCUAUGGAUUUUAUAUUGUAUAAUACAUUGUUGAAUAUGUGUGCAGAUGUUGGAUUAAUUGAAGAAGCUGAAACUUUGUUUAGGGAUAUGAAACAAUCUGAGCAUUGCAAGCCAGAUAGUUGGAGUUACACUGCUAUGCUAAACAUAUAUGGGAGUGAAGGAGCUGUGGAUAAGGCAAUGAAAUUGUUUGAAGAGAUGUCUAAGUUUGGUAUUGAACUCAAUGUGAUGGGGUGCACUUGUUUGAUUCAGUGCUUGGGAAAGGCCAUGGAAAUUGAUGAUCUGGUCAAAGUUUUUGACAUUUCAGUUGAGAGAGGAGUUAAGCCAGAUGAUAGGCUUUGUGGUUGUUUGCUAUCUGUCGUGUCUCUUUCUCAAGGUAGCAAGGAUCAAGAAAAAGUCCUUGCUUGUUUGCAACGAGCUAACCCAAAAUUGGUUGCCUUCAUUCAACUAAUUGUAGACGAGGAAACUAGUUUUGAGACUGUCAAAGAAGAGUUUAAGGCUAUCAUGAGUAAUGCAGUGGUUGAGGUGAGAAGACCCUUCUGUAACUGCCUGAUUGACAUAUGUAGAAACAAAGAUCUCGUAGAGAGAGCCCACGAGUUGCUCUACCUAGGGACUUUAUAUGGAUUCUACCCAAGUUUGCACAACAAAACACAAUAUGAAUGGUGUUUAGAUGUUCGAACAUUGUCAGUUGGGGCAGCUCUAACUGCACUUGAAGAGUGGAUGACUACACUCACCAAAAUUGUUAAGCGGGAGGAGGCAUUACCAGACUUAUUUCUAGCACAAACAGGUACCGGUGCUCAUAAGUUUGCACAAGGACUCAAUAUUUCUUUUGCAUCUCAUUUGAGAAAGUUGGCUGCUCCAUUUAGACAAAGUGAAGAUAAAGUUGGUUGUUUUAUUGCAACAAAAGAGGAUUUAAUCUCUUGGGUGCAGUCAAACUCUCCAUCGGCAUCUAUUGCAACAUAAGAUUGUGGAAAAGUUCAAUCACCUUUUUUGUUAUGAUUAAUACAUAUCAGUGAUAUUUGAUAGUCUAUUUUAUCACUUGAAAUGUCAAGAUCUGGGUAGUUGAAGACAUAGAAGAUGGGAUAUACUAUUUUCUUCAUUUAUUAGAAUGUAACAUACCCUAAAAUUUUGCAUUGCUUUUUGUUCUCUCUUUAUUUUGUCUCGCAUGUUUCAAGGAUUUUUUGGUAGAUUGCAUCUUUCAAGUUUUGGUAGAGGUCUGGAUGCUUGAAAGAUUUCAACAUGAAAAUAGUUGGGUGUUUAAUGAUGUAACAGUAACAAACUGCUGUGCUUAUUUUGCGCCAUUAGUCAAUCUCACUGUCUCAAUGUUGUAUAUUAGUACAGUUUAAGUUGUUGUUGACAUUACAAAAGGUGAAAUCUUCAAUAGAAUUGUAUUUCAUAUUUGCCUCCA